GGGAGCUCACAUCGAUGUGCGGAACAAGAAGGGGAAUACUCCCCUGUGGCUGGCAGCAAAUGGGGGCCAUCUUGAUGUUGUCCAGCUGCUGGUCCAGGCUGGAGCUGAUGUGGAUGCAGCUGAUAACAGGAAAAUAACUCCCCUCAUGGCAGCCUUCCGAAAGGGUCAUGUGAAAGUGGUGCGUUACCUGGUGAAAGAGGUAAACCAGUUCCCGUCUGACUCGGAGUGCAUGAGAUACAUAGCAACCAUUACUGAUAAGGAGAUGCUGAAGAAGUGCCACCUGUGCAUGGAGUCAAUCGUUCAAGCCAAAGAUAGACAGGCUGCGGAAGCCAACAAAAACGCAAGCAUUCUGCUGGAAGAACUGGACCUGGAGAAGGCAAGUGGAAAGAGUUGCAGUUGGCAAUAUUUCUCUCUUAAAAUUCCAAUUUCACUUGGCUUCAGGAUGAUAAGGUUGGUGAAAGUAGUUAUUGGGGGGUAGGAUUGUGUGCAGUCACCAUA